CCCCUCCUUCCUUCAGUGAAGCCUGCAGUCUAGAGAGUAGGGAGUGGGAGCUGCCUGUCACUUCCAAGCCCAAGACACUGCAGUCCUUGCCCGGGCGAAGAGCACAGACCUGAUCCUUCCAGAGGAGCCAAGGCUGGUGGAGUGGUAUUAAGCAAUGGCAGCGAUUCGAAAAAAGCUGGUAAUUGUUGGAGAUGGUGCCUGCGGGAAAACCUGCCUCUUAAUAGUGUUCAGCAAGGAUCAGUUUCCUGAGGUGUAUGUGCCAACGGUCUUUGAGAACUACAUUGCUGAUAUCGAAGUAGAUGGGAAACAGGUGGAACUGGCUCUGUGGGACACAGCAGGACAGGAGGAUUACGACAGACUGCGCCCACUCUCAUACCCCGAUACCGAUGUUAUUCUGAUGUGUUUCUCAAUUGACAGCCCAGACAGUUUAGAGAAUAUUCCAGAGAAGUGGACUCCUGAAGUGAAACAUUUCUGCCCUAAUGUUCCCAUCAUUCUAGUUGGCAACAAAAAAGAUCUUAGAAAUGAUGAGCAUACCCGUAGAGAGCUUACAAAGAUGAAACAAGAGCCUGUCAAGCCUGAAGAUGGAAGAGAAAUGGCCAACAGAAUAAAUGCCUUUGGUUAUCUUGAAUGUUCUGCUAAGACCAAGGAUGGAGUGCGGGAAGUAUUUGAAAUGGCAACACGGGCAGCACUGCAAGUCCGAAAACACAGGAAGAAGCAGCGUUGCUCCAUCCUAUAAAUAAAGUCUUAGAACCUUUUUGGAAAGGAGUAUAGAAGAACAAAGUGCGUAGCUUCUUUUGCUGCUGCACCACCUGCUAAAUAAUGCCAGAGACUUCAGUAGCAAAGAGCUAUAUGCGCCGUUUGUACUGUAAAUGUAUGUAUCCAUGGUUUUGUUUAUUUGUUUCUCCACCUAAACGUCUAUCUAGAGUUAGGCACAUGUGGGAUUGUGGAAAUGUCUUCAGGAUGCAUCAAAUGCACAUGCAGUGCCUCCUUCUCUAUCUGUAAUCUAUACCCCUGUUUUGUAAGUAAAAGCACAUGUGGGAUUCUGAGAGUAUGUUUUUUUUUUUUUCUGUGCCAUAUUUCGUUUUUGGGACCUUUUAUGACCUGUUCUACUCUUUCUGGAUAUCCCCUUCCAAAAUAGCUUACUAGACCUAGCAGCAAAGGAGAAGAAUUGGAGUAAGGAAGACCAUAUGAAACUGAUAGGUCAGCUGUACUUGCAUAGCACAAUACUAUCAAUAAGCAAGUUGCACUAUCCUGUUAACCAGGUCAUGAUUUCUGUACACCAUUUUCUUUUAGCUGAUUCGUAUGAUUGUCCCUAAUUAACUACUCUUGCGACUCCAAAUUCAUUCUUCAAAAAUCCAUGCAGUUCUCCAGAUCUAAAAUAGUAAGACUGCUCAUUUUGCAUGCACUUUGUUAGAAUUGCCCACAGAAUGUUCUUGAAAACCCUACUGACAAUGUUAGUUUUGUAUAUUGAUAGUAAUCUUCUUGUGCUAAUAAUAGUUCAGACAAGAAGCCGUUGUUAGGUUCUAACAUGCCCACAUGCCAAUCUCGUGACAUAUGUAGUGGUAAAAGACAAACGGGGCCUCACAGACCAGAAAUGGGACAGGAAAUUGAACUUGGACAUGAAGCUUGUUUAUCUGUUCCCCUUUUUUUCCAUGGCAGUUGUGUUGUCCGUGUCUGCAUUGCCCUUUUCCAAUUCUUCUGCUAUUGCCCAUUUCAUUACAACAUGUGCCAAAUCAUACAGUUUCUGAGGACAGGAUUGGACUGGCCCACAGGGGAGCAGGUGAAUCCCAGGAUGGGCCCCUAGUAUCCCAACUUCUGCCCAAGUUGCAUAUGGCACAGUAAACUGACUGCACCACAUACAGAUAGGCAGCAUACCGCAUCUCAACCAGCCUAAGCUUUCAUAUUAAAAACUAGAUAAGAGGAUAAAAUUAACACAUAAUCACGUACAUUUAUGUAAUUUGCAUUUAGGGAAUGCAUGGAGCAGGCUUACGCUCUGAACUCCUGGACCCCCAUAAUUAUCUUCUACUAUGUGAGCAUGUGUUCCUGGCUCACAUAGAUAAGAGAGCCCUAGUCCAAGGCAGGGCCUAGUCAGCAGGAUUCUAACGUACUAACAGGGUCUCCAGGACACACAGGUCUGAGGCACAGCCUAAGCAUCAGUCUACUAGUGAAAAGUUUGUUGGUACAGUUUUAGGGAUAUGUGAAAGGAGGCAGGUCAUGUAAUAUUCACAUAUAACCCUACAUUGGGCCUCCAUAAUGAAUUAUACUGGCUGGCCCUAGGCACCCACGUGACACUGUCUCUUGACCCUCUUUUUUCAUGCUGAAGCACUUACUCUAUAUGCUCCUACUAAACCAAAAGAAUGACAACUGCUUUGGCUCUUGCAUAUGUUAGUGGAAACUUGGCACAAGGGUAUUGUUUUUAUAUGUAUGUAAUAAAAAUAUAUAUAUAUGUAUAUGACUAAUACUGGGGAUUGGUGGGGUUGAAGGGAUGGGCCCCAUAGCCCUUGUAAUAAGGCACAACUGAAACCAUGUACUGUGUAUUUAUGGUUGAGCCACCAGUGGUUUAUUCUCGAAUAUUGGAGGGGAUCAAUUUUUUUUACAUUGUGUAUUAAAUUAUAUACUACUUCCUACU